AUGGAUCCCCAGCAGGCUCUGGGCCCGAAGAAAACUAAACGGUCGAAACCCCGCGCGGUCGACAGCUCCACCGACGACUCGUCCGCCGGCGAGAAAACCCAAAACCUCGGCUCGAGCCGGCUCCACCUGAUCCGAGAUCCCGGCGCGACCGCGCAAACCGAGCCAGCCUCGCAACCGCCCAAGGAGACGAGCAUCGCCCGGGCCAUCAAGCGGAAGUUUGGCUUUUUCCGCAAAUCGGCGGCCGACAAGAAACCGGCGGUCCCCCAACUGCCCGACACGCCGGAGCGAGAGGCCAACCGCCAACCCCCGACCCUGGACGUGGUCGUGGACGUCCACUGCGAGAACCAAGAGUCCAGAGCCGAGGAGGCCUCGACGGACCUGAUCGAGGAGCGACUCGUCGAUGGCAGCUCCGAGGACGAGAAGAUCGGGGGGGCAGUGCUUCGGGAGGAGGGGGGUGGCGCGGAUGGGCACAGGAGGAGGCGCUGGAACAAGUCCGAGGAGGUGGUGGAGGAUCCGAAGAAGCCGCGCCGGAGACAGUGGGCCAAGGAAGGCGGCAGCGCCCAAAUUCGCGACACGACCGGCAAGAAAAUCGUCGUGCCGAAGAGGGCGGCCACAGCCGAAUCGGCCGGAGUAACCGGCCCACCAAAGUCUUUGACGUCUUCGAAGCCGGUGGCUGCGCCGAGGGUCAAAAGCCUGCCGAAGCGACGUCAAAGCUACGACAACGAUGGUUUCUCGUCCGACCACGACGACGAAGUUUUGAGGAUCGAAACAGUUGACAACGAGAGUCCGCUAAUCAAAAUGGGCUGUUGCUCCGACGCCAGCGAAAAGGAGGAGGAGGAGGAGGAAGAAAUCAAAGAAUACGUUGGCGAGAGUACCGAUACCUCCAACGCGAAAAGUCGUGUGCGGUUGUUGGCAGACCACGCGGAGGAGGGAGCACCAACGAGGAGGCGAAAGAGCCCCGUCGAUAGGAGGUCGGCCGACGACGAGGACGAGGAGCAGGCGACCGUCCUGGACGCUAGGGGGAAGAGGUCGAAGAAGUCGUCGUCAAACUCAAGCAGAGCCGAGCUAAUACCGACAAACUUUUUUGCCAAGAGAUCGAGCGACGACGAGGACGAGACGACGAUAUCGACGAACGAGGAGAUGCACAGGGAGUCGCGAAGGAGCUCGCGCCACUCAAAGCCAUCGUCGCGGCACGAGGAGGAGGAUAACGACGACGGAUACGCAAAGCGCAAAACCACGAGCUCGUCGACCCGCAACUCGGCCGAAGGGGCUGCAAGCCCUCGGAAGACGUUAACGCGGUCACGGACGAGGGAGCGCUCGAAGAGCAAAACGAAGAAGAGGAAGAAGAAGAAGAAGAAGCGGCCAAAGGAGGGCGACGAGGAGGGUGAGGUAAAGUACGUCUCGGUGAGGGUCCACAAGUGCGACAUGCUCGAGGCGGACUGCGUUACGAAGCACCCGCUGGUCAGGGUGCACUUGGUGUACGAGGACAGUGGCUCGAGGGUCCAGCAGCGAAACAACAAUGGGGCAGAGGGGGGUGGGGACGCCUUGCGUCCGGCGCUCACGGAGAAGUUUGACUUUAAGCGGAUGAGGAGCAUGGUGCCCGUCUGGGAGGAGGACCUCGUCUUCGAGAUGAACUACAGGGAACUGUUUGCCGGGGGAAAGGACUCGGUGCUGAUGCUCUUUGAGGUGCUCGACCUACCGAGCUCGGCUCAGACCACCACCUCGAGCUCGGACUACUACAUGAAAGACUCGUGCUGGCACAAAGUGGCUUGGGCUUUCCUGAGGCCAGUCGGAGUGGGCGGUGCACGGCACGUCGACAAAAAGUGCCGACUACAGCUCUACAGGCCAAAGAAGGGAUUCAGGAGGCUUGCAAGGGAUGACGACAAGUGCGAGGUGUACAAGUGGUGGAGGUCCACCAGCAAGGAUAAGUACCCGAGCAGCUUGUACGUGAGCGUGACGGGAGUAGAGCCACCAAAGCUCGAGCCGGUCUUGUACGAGCAGCUGCUCGAGUCCCUGCCCCCGGAGAGGCGCAAUGAGCCGAGCGACGGUGCCGGGACGCGCGACGAGGUGGCGAUUAACGACCCGCCCAAGUGGACGCGGCUGGCGGCUCAAUCUUGCCAGAUUCCCAACGAGAUCUACGAGGAGAUCGAGGCCGGCGACAACGGCUGCUUCUUCCUGGCCUUCAGCAACGACGGCAAAUUCCUGGCAUGCGCGCUCUCGGAGGAAUACGAGUUCCCGAUCAACGUCUACAAGGUACGCGGGACCAAAGUCAACGUCCAAUUUUCCGGCCACAAGAAUUUCAUUUACUCGUUGAACUGGUCUCGGGACGACUGCUACCUCCUCUCCGUAUCCUCCGACCAAACGGCCAAAGUGUGGGACGUCCGGGAAAAAAUCAUCGAACCAAUUUUCGCCCUGCCCCACCCGUCGUACGUGUACUGCGGCAAGUUUGCGCCAAAGUCGUCGAGCUCCGUGAUCGUGACCGGUUGCUACGACCACGUGGCCCGGGUUUGGGCGCGCUCGCGCUCCACUCGCCGGUACGAGCUCGUCCAGGAACUCGAGGCCCACGAGAGCUUCGUGAACGCGGUGUGCUUUCACGAGGGAGGCUUCUGCCUGACGGCCGACGGCCUCGGCUGCAUCGUCGUCUGGUCGAUGAGGGGAGCCCGGCCCAAGUCGCCCAACAGGAGGGAGUGGCAGAUGGCGCGGAAGAUCAAGAUCAGGGAGCUCGAGGGGGUGCCGAUCAACGGCAUCUCGAUGCACCCGCUCGGCUCUAGGCUACUCGUGCACUCGAGGAACAACGGGCUGAGGCUGGUCGACUUCUGGGCCGGCUCCAUCGUCAAGCAGUUCGACGGACUCGAGAACCAGAGGAUCCAAAUAACUGGCUGCAUCUCGCCGUGCGGCGGUCUGCUGUUCUGCGGUGGCGAGGACUGCACCUUGAAGGUCUGGGGCAUCGAGAGCGGCAAGCUCUUGGCGACGUACGAGCUCGGCACCGGCGGCCAGAGCAGGACCGUCACGUGCGUCGACUACCACCCGUACGACCACGCGCUGGCGUUCACGAGCUACGGAUCUUCACCGGUGCUCGCGAGGAUCCUCAAGUUCGACCGGGACUCGGACGGCCGGGCCGUCGGCCUGAAGCUGCUGGCCGGCAGCGGUAGUCUCGUCGGGCAGGCCACGAGGCUCAACAAGGAGCACUACCACCCGCUGAUGAGGAACGAGGCGGACGCGAUCGGCCACCUACUGCCGCUGUCGGUGGUGGGCGACGACGAGGCCGAGGAGCGGAAGAACCUCAAGGGGAAGCUGCAAAAGUUCAUCGAGUCGGGCCCGAACCUCAAGAGCCGGAGCCUGACUCGGCUCAACGGGAUCAUCGAAAAGAUCGACCGGAUCCUCAUGUACGCGACCAGCCAAAAGUCACCGCCGCCUCCCGGCCAGCAGCACCUGGUCGACUUGGAAUCGGCGAGUGCGGUGGGACAGCGGAAUCGCGAGGCCUUCGAGCUGAGGGAGAUGAAGGAACGGCGUGGGGACAGUAAGCGCCGACAGCGCUCGACGAGCGCCAGGAACGUCACCUGCGGCUCACCUACGGUCCACCGAGAAACCGAGUUUUCCAAGGCGCUCUCGGACAGCGCAGCCUUCAACCGGAAGGUGUCAAAGUUCUGGAGCGAGGAGUCCACGUCCAACUCGACGAACCGAUCGCUCAGCGGGGGCAGGGGCCGAGUCGCGGUGGAGCGCCUCGAUCUCGAGAUGGGGGCGGGGCGCAGGGACUCGCUCGACACGAUCGUCGACGGAAGGGAGGAUUUCCCGAGCGAGGAGGUCCUGGACGUGGAGUCGCUCAAGAGCGACGACACGUACGUGGUCAGCAAGGACGGGGACAACAACUCGGGUAGGAGCAACGCGACCUUCGUCAUUGAGAGCGAGAUGCCCCCGGUGCCCAAGCCACGCACGAAGCGGCUCGCCGAGUCUCGUGCGUGA